GCUGCCGGUGGUGAGUGACUGCUCGACCGCUCAGACGGCACGGGUAAGUUCCAACCUGCACUCCACGAGCAGUAUGGCCGUGAGCCGUGUGCCGAGCCCCCCGCCGCAGGAAGUUAAUACCCCAGUCGCAGAGAAUUGGUGUUACACUCAGGUUAAAGUAGUCAAGUUCAGUUAUAUGUGGACCAUAAACAACUUCAGUUUUUGCCGGGAAGAGAUGGGAGAGGUGCUAAAAUCUUCGACGUUCUCCGCUGGCGCCAAUGACAAACUCAAAUGGUGUUUGCGGGUGAAUCCAAAAGGACUGGACGAGGAGAGUAAGGACUAUUUAUCGUUGUACUUGUUGUUGGUGUCGUGUAAUAAGAGUGAGGUGCGCGCAAAGUUCAAAUUUAGUAUAUUAAACGCGAAACGCGAAGAAACAAAGGCGAUGGAGAGCCAGAGGGCCUAUCGGUUCGUGCAGGGCAAGGACUGGGGUUUCAAGAAGUUCAUUCGAAGAGAUUUCCUUCUGGACGAGGCCAACGGUCUUCUGCCGGACGACAAGCUUACCAUUUUUUGUGAAGUGAGCGUUGUGGCAGACAGUGUGAAUAUUUCGGGUCAGUCGAACACGGUGCAGUUCAAGGUGCCCGAGUGUCGAUUGUCCGACGAUCUGGGACUGCUCUUCGAAAACCAAAAAUUUAGUGAUGUUACGCUAUCGGUAUCUGGUAGGGAAUUCCAAGCACACAAGUCAAUUUUAGCAGCAAGAAGUCCCGUUUUCCAAGCGAUGUUCGAGCACGAGAUGGAGGAGCGAAAGCACAAUCGGGUGGACAUAACUGACGUGGACCACGAGGUGUUGCGGGAAAUGCUGCGCUUCAUAUACACGGGGAAGGCGUCGAAUCUGGAGAAGAUGGCCGAUGAUCUUCUCGCGGCUGCGGACAAAUACGCAUUGGAAAGAUUAAAAGUGAUGUGCGAGGAGGCGUUAUGUACAAAUUUAUCGAUAGAGAACGCUGCUGACAUCCUUAUCCUGGCAGACCUGCAUAGCGCCGAUCAACUCAAGGCUCAGGCAAUCGAUUUCAUAAAUACACACGCGACGGAUGUGAUGGAUACGCCCGGUUGGAAGUCCAUGAUUCAGACGCACCCGCACCUCAUCGCCGAAGCGUUUCGUGCUCUCGCAACACAACAAAUCCCGCCAAUCGGACCACCACGUAAGCGAGUGAAACAGAGCUGAAGCCCGUAGCUACUGCAUAUAGCAUAAACAGCAGCAGCAGCAGCAGCAACGACAGCGACAACAGCAAACAAACAGACGGAACAGACAUUAUAAACAAUCUUACAAACAAACAAACAAACAAAAAAAAACAUAAACCAAAAGAAACCAACAAACAUCAUCAAUCAAUCAAACAAACAGUCAACAAAAUAUACAAUACAACAUACUACUACUACUACUAUUAUUAGUACAACAGACGGACAGCGUAAUAGAAGCAACGUGUUUUCCUUGCAUCUUCUUGCACAGUUCUUGUAUGGACGGGAUCACAACUCCCCUCGAUUCCGCGGUGGCAGACGACGAAGAAGAAACCGAUGAUGACGAUGAUCAUCGGAUAGCACCAGCAGCAGCAGCAGCAAGUGCGUUUACUUUGAUCGCGGUCCGAAAUAACCCGAUGAGAUGAGACCUAACGCAUUUGGAGGAAAAAGAAAGAGAAUGAAAUGGAAAGCGAAAAAGAAAACAAAAUAAUAAUAAUAAUGAUAAAAUUAAAAUAGUGCCAGAGACUGUGCUUAAAUGUGUUCAUACCUAGAAUGAAUGAAAGA